AUGGACGACGAGACUGGCUCCUCGUCCCAGCUGCACAUCGUGAUCUGCCCGUGGCUCGCCUUCGGGCACCUGCUCCCCUGCCUGGACCUCGCCGAGCGCCUGGCAUCGCGGGGUCACCGCGUGUCUCUUGUCUCCACGCCGCGGAACAUCGCGCGGCUCCCGCCCGUGCGUCCCACCGUGGCGCCGUUCGUCGGUCUCGUGGCGCUGCCGCUCCCGCGCGUGGCGGGGCUCCCCGACGGCGCCGAGUCCACCCACGACGUCCCCUUGGGCAAGUUCCACCUCCACCUCGAGGCCUCCGACGGCCUCGCCGCGCCCUUCUCCGAGUUCUUGGAGUCGCUGUGCGCCGAGCCCGGCAGAAAGAAGCCAGACUGGAUCGUCGUGGACUACUUCAACCACUGGGCCGCCGCCGCCGCAGUCCAGCACAAGGUUCCGUGUGCGCUGCUUGUCCUACUCGCUGCCACCGUGGUCGCCGCAUUGGACAUCCGACUGUUCAGGCGCACCGAAUCCCAGUCGGCGAAGACGGAGCUCAUCUCCGUGCAGGGCGUGCCGGCGACGUCCAUCGCCGAGCGGGUCUCCUCGACGCUCGAGAGGUGCGAUCUCGUGGCCAUGCGGAGCUGCGUCGAGUGGGAGCCCGAGAGCGUCCCUCUCGCGUCGACGUUCGGCGGCAAGCCGGUCGUUCCCUUCGGCCUCCUGCCGCCGUCGCCUGACGGAGGCCGCCGCGGCGACAGCGGGAAGGACGGCACCGCCGUGCGAUGGCUCGACGCGCAGCCGGCCAUGUCAGUCGUCUACGUCGCGCUGGGAAGCGAGGUGCCGCUGCGGCCCGAGGAGGUGCACGAGCUCGCCCUUGGGCUGGAGCUCGCCGGGACGCGCUUCCUCUGGGCACUGAGGAAGCCACCCCUCGGUUCCGAUGCCGUCCUCCUCCCCGCGGGGUUCGAGGAGCGCACACGCGGCCAUGGCCUCGUGAUGAACGGGUGGGUUCCUCAGCUGGAGAUACUGGCGCACGACGCCGUGGCCGUGUUCCUGACGCACUGCGGCUGGAACUCCACCGUCGAGGGGCUCCUCUUCGGGCGUCCUCUCGUCAUGUUGCCCAUCAUGGGUGACCAGGAGCCGAACGCGCGGCUGAUGGCGCGUAGGAAGGUCGGGAUGCAGGUGCCGCGAAACCAAAACGACGGGUCGUUUGACCGAGAAGGCGUCGCCGCGGCCAUUCGGGCGGUCGCGGUUGAGGAAGAAGGCAGGAGAGUGUUUGCAGCCAACGCCAAGAAGCUGCAAGAGAUCGUGUCGGACACGGAGUGCCAUGAGAGGUAUAUCGACAGAUUUAUUCAGCAGCUCAGAUGCUACAAGUAG